AUGGCGCGCCAGCAUGCCGUCCGUCACGUCGUCGUCGGUGACAUUAAGGGCCGCGUAGCAUUCCGUGAGGUUUUCUCCCAAGCCGUGGUCAUUGGCGUGAAACGCCUGCAGCAGUACCAGGGCAUCAACACCAUGGCUGCACCCCCGCCAACCUCUGACCUCUCCCGAGAGGACCUCGAGGCUCAGGUUGCCCAACAGGGUAGCCUGGUGCGUGAGCUGAAAAAGUCCAAGGCCCCGACUGAGGAGAUCAAAGCCGCCGUUGCUGAACUCUUGCGUCGCAAAGAGGCUAUGGCUGCCUUUGAUGCGGCCAACGCUCGCCCUCAAUUUGACAAGCAGGGUUUUGAAGACCUGAUGAAGCGCCGCUUCUUUUUCGCCCCUAGUUUUGAGAUUUACGGCGGUGUGGCUGGUCUUUAUGACUAUGGCCCCACCGGCUGCGCUAUCAUGGCCAACAUGAUUGCUGAGUGGCGUCAGCACUUUGUCCUCGAAGAAAACAUGCUCGAGGUCAACUGCACGGCCAUGACCCCCCACUACGUCCUUGAGGCAUCUGGCCACGCCGCGCGUUUUGCCGACAUUAUGGUGCGCGAUGUUAAGACGGGUGACUGCCACCGUGCGGAUCACUUGCUGGAAGAUGUCAUGCACAAUAUCGCCACAGCCCCCGACACGUCGGCGGAGCUCAAAAAGGAGUGCGAGAAGAUUGGUCGCCUGGCCGACUCUUACAGCAAGGCCGAGCUGUGGGACCUGUACAAGCGCUUUGACAUCAAGUCGCCGACCACUGGCAACGACCUCUCCGAGCCCGUUGAUUUCAACAUGAUGUUCCAGACUCAGAUCGGCCCGACUGGCCAUCUCGCUGGCUUUUUGCGCCCCGAGACGGCGCAGGGCAUUUUCUUGGCCUUUAAGCGCCUGUACGAGUUUAACAACUUCAAGCUUCCUUUUGCCGGUGCCCAGAUUGGCACCGCUUUCCGCAACGAAAUUUCCCCCAAGGCGGGUCUGCUCCGCGUGCGUGAGUUCCAAAUGGCUGAGAUUGAGCACUUUUUGGACCCAACGGACAAGUCUCAUGCUCGUUUUGAUCGCGUCAAGGACGUGUGCCCGCCGUUGUACACGGCUAACGCUCAGCAAGCUGGCGAGAAGAUCACCCGCAUGUCGAUCGGUGAUGCCGUUGCUCAGGGCAUCAUUGCCAAUGAGACGCUUGGCUACUUUGUCGGCCGUAUCUUCCAGUUUAUGGUCCACAUUGGCGUGGAUCAGGAGCGCAUUCGGUUCCGCCAGCACUUGCCUACCGAGAUGGCGCACUAUGCUUGCGACUGCUGGGAUUGCGAGCUGGAAACCUCGUACGGCUGGAUCGAGUGCGUUGGCUGCGCAGACCGCUCUUGCUACGAUCUUGAGCAACAUGCCAAGGCCGCAAAGCAGCCCAUCCUGGCUUCAGUUCCGCUCAAGGAGCCUCUGAUCAAGGACGUUGUUGUGGUUGAGGCAAACAAGGGCCUGGUUGGCAAGGCUUUCCGCCAGAACGCCAAGGUCGUCUUUGCUCAUUUCGAGGCUAUGAGCAACGAGGAGGCCGAACAGUUUGAAAAGGAUCUGCAGAACGGUCCGGUCACUUUGAAGCUGGAGGCUGGCGAGUUUGAGAUUCAACCCGCGUGGAUCACCAUCAAGCGCAAGCAAGUGAAGGAACACGAGCGCAAGUUUGUUCCGUCUGUGAUUGAGCCUUCGUUUGGUCUGGGCCGCAUCAUCUACGCCCUCCUGGAACAUUCGUUUGAGUGCCGUGAAGGCGAUGCUCAACGCACGUGGCUGCGCCUGGCACCCCUGGUGGCCCCGGUCAAGUGCUCGGUUCUUCCUCUCAGCAACAAUGCGGAAUUCAACCCCUUCCUUGAUGAAUUGGUGCUGGCCCUGACGCGUGCCGGUGUGAGCACUCGCCGUGACGACUCUGCUGCCUCGAUUGGCAAGCGCUACGCGCGCACGGACGAGAUUGGCAUUCCCUUUGGCGUCACUGUUGACUUUGAUACCAUCAAGGAUCGCACUGUUACCUUCCGCUUCCGCGACACCAUGGAGCAAAUUCGUCUGUCGAUCUGGCGCGGUCAGCUGCCAGUGCGCUUCACCUACGUCAAUGCCAGCGAUGAUGCCAUCGAACCUUGUCACGUACGCAUCCGGCCCAGGAUACAUUUCAGGUUUCAGUUGAACAGACUCACCCAGCGCACGGACUUGAUGGAAUUGUUGCGCCUCACGCAGAUGCUGGUCCCACGGCUGGCCUACUUGCCCUUUUGUCUCGAGCAAAUCGCCGAGCACUAUCGCUCCAUCCCGCUCAUCAACAGCUUGGCCGUGUUGCGUCAAAGCUCAGAUGUUGCUGCUGUCCUUGCAAAUGAUUAUGAGCGCUUUAAUCAAAUCAAUGCUAGCUUGACGGGCACGGAAGGCGAUGGUGCCUGGUUUAAACAUGUCCCGUAUGUGGUCUACUUGACGCAAGGGGACUCGUCAAACGCUGCCGUCACUUUUGAGACGACAACGGAGCCUUUUCCAACGAUCGACGAGAAUGGCGUUCCAUGGUGCUUGCAAGACCUGUUGACCUGGCUCCUGCCGGACCAGUUUCCGCCCCAGACCAAGGAGAGCACAGGCGAAGAAUUGGCCGAACAGGUGCUCAUUCAGGGUAUCCAGCUUCCGCUCAACACCCCGUUGCAAUGGCUGGCACAGCACAUGUGCCACGCCGACAACUUUGUUCACAUUAUCGUCUCGCAAGCAACCAAUGCCACCAAUGCCUGAAAUCAUUCUGAGUGAUUGUUGUCUUUGGUGAGAAAUGAACCCUUUGGUCAAACUUUUUGUCCCCAUGCACACACCUAUGCCACUGGCCGUGCCAGGGCGUGGGUUGUAUCCAUAUCCACCCUUGUGUUCCCGAGUUGCCUGUCUGUUGGCUUCUUUCUGAUUGUGCUGCGCCUCAGUUCUAUUCACGUGCAUUCUGUUUUGGCUAUGCCUUGCUCGGUGUGGUCACCAAACGGAAGACUGCUGGGCACAUGGCCGGCAUGUCGUUUGCACGUGUCUUGCC